GGCUCCGGCAGUGGAAUCAGCAACAGCAAUCGUCUGCCACGGGCUUCAGCUUUCUGCAGAGACCGACACCAUCGGAGAAAGCCCACGGAAAUGGCCGACCGUUUCUUCCCAAACCAAAUGCCGGACUUCGUGGCCGAAGCGCCGGCGGAAGAACUCGCAGCAUCCGAUUCCGAUGCUCUCACUCUCACAGAGCUCCUUUCUCUGCCCUACGCAGCGCUUUCUGAUCACUUUCGAAAGGCCGCUUUCGACCUCAAAGAAACGGUCGUGAGGGAAACGUGGACGUCGAAAGAAAGCCAUCCGCGGGAUUGGACUCUGUACACUGGGGCAUUGGGGACGGCUUUCCUGGCUUUGAAAUCCUACCUAGUUUCCAACAAUGAAACUGAUCUCAAAUUAUGCUCUGAGAUCGUCACAGCCUGUGAUUCUGUUUCUACAGAUUCGAGGCGUGUAUCGUUCAUUUGUGGGCGAGCUGGAGUUUGUGCUCUUGGUGCAGUUGCAGCAAAGCUCGCCAACAAUGGAAGGCAAGUCAGCCAUUACUUGGAAAAAUUUGAAUAUAUCAAACCACCCGAUGAUUUACCAAAUGAACUGCUGUAUGGCAGAGCAGGGUUCUUAUGGGCAUGUCUGUUCCUAAACAAGCACAUUGGUCACAACACCAUAUCUAACACCAUUAUGAGAUCAGUUGUCGAUGAGGUUAUUGAGGCUGGUAGGCAAUUGGGUAAGAAAGGGAAAUCGCCAUUGAUGUAUGAAUGGCAUGGGAAGAAGUACUGGGGUGCUGCCCAUGGACUAGCUGGAAUUAUGCAUGUCUUGAUGAAUGUGAAACUACAGCCAGAUGAGGCUGAGGAUGUUAAAAGUACGAUACGUUACAUGAUUAAAGAUCGGUUUCCGAGUGGCAAUUAUUGCUCAAGCGAAGGAAAUGAAUCCGACCGUCUGGUGCACUGGUGCCAUGGAGCCCCUGGGGUUGCACUUACCCUCAUAAAAGCAGUUGAGAUUUUUGGAGAUGACAAGUUUCUGGAAGCAGCAAUGGAUGCUGCGGAAGUCAUUUGGAACCGGGGUCUGCUUAAACGAGUUGGGAUCUGCCAUGGAAUUAGCGGUAACACGUACGUGUUUCUUUCGCUCUACAGGUUGACUGGUGAUACCAAAUACUUGUACAGAGCCAAGGCAUUUGCAUGCUUUCUGCAUCAGAAUGCAGAAAGGCUAAUUUCAGAGGGGAAGAUGCAUUCUGGAGAUCGCCCUUAUUCCUUGUUUGAAGGAAUUGGGGGAAUGGCAUAUCUCUUUUUUGACAUGGUUGAGCCCUCUGUAGCAAGGUUCCCAUCUUAUGAACUUUAAGGUUUUUUAUACUUAUUUGAGAGUGAGACACUUACAAUGUACAAAAAUUAGUUCAGUUGAAACUUGACAACAUUUUAGAUACUGCAGAGUUUGUAAGACUUUUUCCCUCUGGCCUUUAGUGAAAUGUAUCAUGAACUUAAGCGGAUAAGUUAUGGUAAAUUUUAAUCUCUUAUAGAUACUAAA